UAAGAAAAGCAAUGAUGUAUAUCAUUGAAGAAAAGUUGUUGUAUGCGUACGUAGCAAAAAAAUUCCUGAAGGGCUUCAAAUGAUGUCUGCUAAAGUUAUAAAUGGCGAAAUAUUGGAAGGAAAAAAGAUAACACAAGCACAAAAGGCAAAUUUUGAAACAUUUGUCUGUGACAAGGUGGAUCACAAAAGGAGAGUAGCAAAGAUAAGAGUAGAUAAAGAAAAGUCUUGUUCCCUUAGAAGUACUUCAGGAGCCUAAAGAGGAUAAAUCGGGUGGCCAGAUCCUACGAAAUUCAGUCACAUUGAGUUGCCUGAUGAAAAUACCAAUAACUGUUGAAAAUGUGAGGGGCAAAAGAAGCAAACCUGGCUUGAGGCCACAGCAUCUUGCAGGCAUAAAAUUAGUUACUGCAAUUUGCAAUGGAAAGCUAAAAGGAGCUGAAGUUGGAUCAACUUUAGUAAAUUUUGAGCCAGGAUGUAUAAACUCUGGUGACUUCAAGGUUGACAUACAAACAGCAGGAAGUGUCAGUCUGUUAAUCCAGGUGGCACUACCUUGUAUCCUUUAUGGCCCACAAAAAUCUACACUUUCCAUGAAAGGAGGGACCAAUGUGGAAAUGGCACCACCUAUUGAAUUCUUUGCUGAGCUAUUCAUUCCAACUGUAAAGAGAUUUGGAGUUGAAUUGGGUUGUGACAUAAUUCGUAGAGGAUUUUUCCCGAAAGGUGGCGGUGAAGUAAAUGUUACUGUAAAUCCAGUGAACAGUUUGUUGCCAGUUCAGAUGGUAGAUUUUGGAGAGGUUACCCUUGUUAGAGGUAUGGCUUAUGUGGCUGGUGUAUUGCCAAAGAAGGUUGCUAAUAUUAUGGCAAAAGAGGCAACAAGUAUCAUUAGAAAAUCAUUGUCAAGUGUACCAAUAAAGAUAGACAGUCAUCAGAUUGCCAGGGAUCAAGCUGCGGGGACAGGCUGUGGUAUCAUGAUAAUUGCUGAAACUUCGACAGGUUGCCUAUUAUCAGGAUCACAAAUUGGGAAGAAAGGCAUACCUGCAGAGCAAGUAGGAACUGCAGCGGCCGAAGAACUGCUAAAGAGCAUCAGAAACGAGGCAUGCAUUGACGAACACCUUCAAGACCAGCUGAUAAUUCUAAUGGCCUUAGCGGAUGGCAAAUCUGCAAUUCAAACUGGCCCAUUAACUUUGCACACCCAGACGGCGAUUCAUAUCGCUGAAAUGCUCACCAAGGCCAAGUUUACAACAAAAGCAAUAAAAGAGAGGGAAGACGAGCAAGGAACCUACCUAAUAGAAUGCAUUGGAUCUGGGCAUGCGCGAUAGCCUCAAAAGAGUGUCACCGACGACAUACUCAGGUGCAUAGAAAUCAAGAAUACUGCGUCAUUGACAUAAAUUCGAUUAAUUUUCAAUCUUUCGCUAAUGACAUUAAUAUUGACUUCGAAAAGGGAACUCUUCAAGUUUUAGUAAUG